AUGGCGGCCAACAAGCGAAUCAUGAAGGAGCUCGCGGAGAUCAACAACAACCCCUUGCAAGGGUGUACGAUCAAACUAGCAAAAGAGGAUGACCUGAACAACUGGGAUGUCACCAUGGACGGCCCUCCCGAAUCUCCCUACGCCGGCGGAAAAUUCAACAUCCAAAUCGUGCUCCCCAAGGAGUAUCCCUUCAAGCCUCCCGUCCUUACUUUCAAGACCAAAAUCUACCACCCCAACGUCACCAAUGACGACAAGGGAGCGAUGUGCUUGGGUAUGCUGCGGGCGGACGAGUGGAAGCCGCCGAACAAGAUCGUGGAUGUGCUGAAGCUGGUGAGGGCGGUACUUGCGGCGCCGCAGCCGGACGAUGCGGUAGAGGCCGGGAUCGCGAACGAGUUCAAGACGGAUCGGAAGGCGUUUGACAAGACGGCGCAGGACUGGGUGAAGAAGUAUGCGAAGUGA